AUCUCACAAAGGGCUUUGAAGCGUGUGAUUUUGCUCAUUCACUCGAGCAGGUCUCAUAGCUUCGAAAUUUUAAAUCUAGUUCGUGUAUUAUGCAGUUAUUCAUAAGUUCGCGUUAAUAAUUUGCCAGAUUUACCCGAAUUAGUUUUCGCUCAAGUACGAUCAAAAUACCUGUUAAUUGGCGUGUGUCAAGUGCAUAGUAAAGUACCUAGUGAUUGAAACAUCGCGUACAAUGUUCGAUCAUUUCAAGCACGUAACCGUUGAACCAUCGCUUUUAAUAUUUCUCGUCGUUUACGACUGGAUUAAAGGCAUAGAUACGAAUUUAUUUCUUCAAAAAGCCUGCCGAACCAACUCAACAUCCGAGCCAGACUUGAAUACCCGAUGCGACGAUGAAAAAGCAGGAAUCCUAUUCAUAACAGAAAUUGGCCUCGGGUACCAACCCAUAGUCGUUUUUAUCAGCCUACUCGCCGCAAUAUUUGCUGCAUACUGGAGCGACGAAGCUGGUCGGAGGAGAAGACCCCUGAUUUAUAUUCCCAUCGUAGGACUCACAUUUCACGCAUUAUCGGGUUGUCUGCAUUCAUAUUUUUGGCAAUGGCAACCAAUGACAGCUGUUAUAUCAUUCGUGGUACUCGAAAGUUUGUACGCUGGAGUCAGUGUCAUGAUAUUAGGAUGUCAAGUGUACGUUUGCGAUGUAUCUGAUAAAGAAAGUCGUACCAUGAGACUUGGAAUCGUAGGAGCAAUCAAAUUAACUGGGUUACUUCUGGGCAAAGGUGGAUCUGGAUUCAUUCUUCGUAGUCUUGGAUUCUUCUACGCGUAUUUGUUAUGCUUCAUUUUGGCAGUGUGUGGUUUAGUAUUUGGUUUGAUAUUAAUUAAUGAUACUUCGGUACCAGUUGACAAAAAGGUGCCUUUGUAUCAUUUUUUCAAUUUGAAACGCGUGUUAUUUGGCAGUUUUAAAGUUGUAUUCAGUCGUAAUUUAGGACGCAAUAGAAUCGUUGUUUCGUUGCUUUUGGUGACAAAUAUUGCAGUUAUUUUAACUCUUUUUGGGGAACUGUCUGUAUUGUAUUCAUAUUUGAGGUACAGAUUCGAAUGGGAUGAACGAGAAUACAGCGAAUUUAUGUUUUUCAAGUUUUUUGGAUCUUUGCUCGGCAUUCUGUUUUCCUCAUUUGUCUUAAGCAAAUGGUUGAAAAUCCAUGACGGAUUAGUUGGUAUCUUGGCUGGAUCUUUUGACACGAUUGCUAUCCUUGUUUUAUUAUUCGCUAAUCAAAUUUGGCAACUAUAUUUGAUUCCUGUAAUUGAUUUAUUUCAUGGCACAACUAUGACUGUUUGCAUAUCAUUCAUGAGUAAAUAUUACCACGUUAAUGAAUUGGGUCGAUUAAACGCAGUCAAUGGUGUGUUUUCGUUAACUGUUCCUUUAGCUUAUUUCGCAUACAAUACGAUUUUUCAAAAAACAAUGGAUACUUACCCAUCUGCGUUUUGUCUGCUUAGUGUUGUGCUGGAUAUAGGCAUCGUUUUAUGUUUUUGCGGAUCUUAUUUCUUCAGUAAGAAAUUCGAUUCUGAGAAAUCAACAAAUCAAGAAGUUUCAGUAGAAAAAUACCAAACGUGAUGUUAAAUAAUUUCAACGUGAUAGUGAAUUACCUGCCUAAAGUGCUGCAGUAAUACUUCGUACAAAUUUUAUGGGUGAUUUGUAUUUUAUUAAGUAAUGGCUACCUAAGAGGUACGCUUUUUCCUCGAUUAAGUACAAAAAUAAUAAUUAUCCUACGUAUUGGUCAUUAUUUUGUAUGUUGAAUAACUAUCUGUUAUAUGUAGGUGCAAGUGCAUACCUGCAUCAUUAAAUUAAAUUCAUUUUCUGUAGGUAGCUCUGGUAGCUAUAUUUUUUUCUUAUAAAUUUUACCAACAUAAAAACAAAAAAUACACUAGAAUGCA